CAAGAAUCUCCCAAGACCGAAAGUCCGCCAGUCAUACUCAAGUAUCAGUACAGUACCUCCUCAUGAUGGCUCAUAUCGAAUGAAUGCAAUGCAUACCGGAUGAAAUGCAUGCCCAAUUGAUCUCGAGUGACAAAGCAUGAUUGGAAUGACCGCCGCAUGGGAUGGCCGAUGUCAUCCAUCGUAGGCAUCACUCUCACUCACCUGGCGUACUCACCUCAGCAUGCUACGUACUGUGCCUGAAAGCUCGAGGAACCUUAGGGAAGGCAUUAUUACCAGCGCAAGGGCAGUUUCAUAUAAGGCCACAACCCCGUUCGUUCCAUCCUCAUCUCCAUUCCACGCAGACACGAGACACCAGACUAGCACGUAUGCCAGAAAGCAAAAAGUCGAGACACGCCAAGAGAAUUCCAGACGUCCGGUAGCACUGUCCUCAAUAUAUACCCAUUGAUCCCCUCGCCUCCCAGGCCCUCGUUUUUUGGAGAGAGGAUAAAUCUUUCAUUGUUCAUGGGGUCAACUUAAUCUUCUUCAGUCGCUCUUUUUCUUCCGCUCCUCUUUCUCUUUUGUUGGGUUUCGUCCCUUGGGGGAGUUUUGGGGAACAGGACAACCAAGGGAGGACGAAGUGAAACGCGAAAAUGAGUGUGGGAUUACAUAUACUGAAUGGUGAUGGGAGUGAGAUGACGAGAAAAGACAAAGAAUUUCAGAAGAUACCACAGUCAGAGGAGGAGGAUAUCCGGAUGAAUCUCGCGAGGUCUUUUAAUGCUGGUCAACAUCUGGAGACGUGGAGGGAUGCCAUAAAGGGAAAUCCGAAAGCAUUGGGGUGGUGUAUGUAUCCGCAUCUACUGGGAGUGAAGGAAGCAAGUGAUUUGGGAUCCUCGUUCUGAUUGUGAUGUUGUAGGCUUCUUUUCGCUGUUUAGUUGUAUAAUGUGGGGGUAUGAUGGUUUAGCUAGUUCGGUACGUUACACCUACCUAUCCUCUACCCAUCCCCCGUCGUCCUGCCGUUAUUAUAGCAUUUGGGAACGACGCUGAUGUGGAGAUGCGGAGAUUGUUCUCGCAAUCGGGCAGUUUCGCAAGGACUAUGGGAACGACAAUUUCAGACAAGGCGAAUACAUCAUUCCUGUAAUAUGGCAGCUCGGCCUCGGCGCAGCGAGUCUUUUUGGUCUCCUAUUCGGAGGAGUGGGCGCUGGAUUCGUCUCGAAGAAAUGGGGGAGACAGAUCUGCAUGGCUGUCUCUUACUGCAAGUUUUCCCUCCUAACCAAAUUAUUCUCCAUCUAAUUGUGAUCCAGCAUUGAGCAUCGCAGGCGUAUUCCUCCAAUACUACUCCUCUCCCGGGAAUAUGCCAAUGCUCUUUGGAGGCAAAGUCCUAGCCGGUAUUCCCCUCGGUGUAUUCAUUACCAUCGCCCCGACUUACUGCGCAGAAAUCGCACCUUUUGCCCUCCGCGGAUCUGUCACGGCAGCUGUGAAUUGGAGUUUGGUCCUGGGACAGUGUCUGGCAUAUGUGGUGAUGCGACAAACACAGUACUCGGAUGGACCGAACGCAUACCUUAUUCUUUUCGCAAUACAAUGGGUGUUUGCAGGUGCUGCGUUAUUGGCUCUGCCUUUCUUUCCCGAGAGCCCGUAUCAUCUUGUGAGCCAGGGACGGAUAGAAAAAGCGAAAAAAAAUAUAAGGAGGUUGAGGAAGUCUGGGUUCGAUGUCGAUGGGUAUAUUGCGAGUAUCGAGGUGGAUCUCGAAACGCAGGCUAGGACUGAGCGGGAGGCGAGUUUCAAGGAGUGUUUCCGAGGCAAGAAUUCGAAAAGGACAUUGAUUGCCAUGUCAACGUUUUUUAUUCAGUCAAUAUGUGGAAUUGGCUGGAUCAUUGGGUAUGAUUUCCGUUUUCUCGGGAUUUUGGAGACAUUAGCUAACUUUGAUGGUCAGAUAUAUGGCCUACUUCCUUCAACUGGGCGGAUUGAGCGAAGCCUCUUCUUUCGAUGCCACCGUCGCACUUUCCUUUCUUAUGCUUCUAGGAAACAUGGCAGGCUGGAUCUUCGUCGAGAAAUUCGGUCGUCGUGACACUGCGCUUUAUGGUAUGUCCAUAUCCCCCUUCGCCUCGAAUUCUUGAGGUUCCAAUGCUAACAAAUCCUCAGGUUGCAUAACCUUGGCAUCAUCCCUCUUUCUCAUCGGAAUUUCCGCCACGAUUCCCUCUAAAAAAGCAAUCUGGGCCCAAGUGUCUUUCAUGGCCGUCUGGUCUUUCACCUACCAAUCCACCAUUGGUAGUGUCGCUUGGCCCAUCGUGACCGAAGUCUCCAAGUCCUCUUUACGAGGUCACACUCAAUCCCUAGCCACCGUUACACAAGGACUAGUAGGCGCCGUGUCUGGCGUUUCAUUACCAUUCCUUGUGAAUCCGGAUCAGCUGAAUAUGGGAGGGAGAGUGGCAUUUAUAUACGGUGGCAUUCUGGGAUUUAGCUGUUUGGGUGUUUGGCGUUAUUAUCCCGAGACCAAAGGGAGGACUUUUGAGGAGAUUGAUAGACUUUUUGAGAUGGGGAUCAACACUAGGCGAUUUAAGCAGACCAAGUUGGCGGCGGAAUAGAUAGAGUACAGUAUCUGCGGGGGUUUUACAGUGUAUAUUUUAAAGAUGGGAUUGGAUGGAUGGAUGUAUAUAUGGGAUAUUGGCAUGAAGCAUAUAUGUAGGCGUUUUUUACCCGGGUACCUAGGUAUUUGAAUACAUUCUCCGAA